GUGCUCGCGCCUAACAUUUUUGUCGUAGGCAACAACGAAGCCCCGCGCUCUUCCCUGCUUCUUUGCCGGUUUACUAAGUGCCAGCACUUAGCGGACUGGCGGCAACACCUGCAGUGCUCGAAGCCCAUCGUGCGCGUGGCAGCGGUGGAGCAGUGGGCGGACAUGCGCGUUGCGCCGCACUUCUUCCCCAUGGCCGUGGACGCAACUGAGCAGACGAGGGAGUUUGCGAAAGUAGUGGAGAGGGAUUCGACCAUUCAGCCAUUGGAGCUGCCGCUCACUCGAAUGCUGGAUUCGGGCCUGCCGUACCUCACCUACCUGGAGGCGAAACGAAGGAUCCUGGAAGCAGCGGACAGUGCCAUGCGGCUCUCAUACACGCUUGCUGACCCGUUUGAAUGGCGUUGA